AAAGCUUCCAUUAUUUCGCGGUUCCAUUCGCAGUCCACCGUUCACCGUUCAUUGUGAACUAUUCAUCGCGCACGCGACUCAACAGCUCAAUUACAACCGUCAACACCACAGAUCGUCACCAACCAGCACAAACGCCUCACAACCAUGUCCUCAUCAGCGCCCACGCCCGCGUCCACGCUUACACCCGCGUCGGCAGCGGCCAAAAAACCCAAAAGCAUCCUCAAGAAGCCGUCUACUCGCGCCACCCCCUCGACAUCAAAGUCAACCAGAAACACAACCACAACCUCAACCGCCGCCGACUUCACCGAUUUCCCCAUGACCCCCUUCCCAAUAACCGAGCACGCUCCCACCCCCUCCCAAAAGCCCACAGCGCGCGACCUCGCAAUCCAACAAGCGCUCGUAAUCCAAGCGCAACGGGACCACGAAGACCGCAUCCAAGACUCCAUAAUCGAGCUCGCCCGGCUCCCCCUCUCCCCACCCAGCAACACCUCCUCAGCGCGUCCCUCACCCAGCGACACAGCUCACUUCCUCUCCACAGUCCGCCUCUUCCAGCCCAGCGAAUACGAAGACCUGAUCCUCGAGCGCAACGCGCUGAGUAAAUGCGGGUACUGUCUCUGCCCGAACCCACGGAUCAAGCUGUCCGGCGGGGGGUCGUUCAAACUGCUGAACUACGGGCGUGCGGACUUUAGUAUCGUGCCGCGCGGGGAGUUGGAGCGGUGGUGUUCGCGGCAGUGCGCGCGGCGCGCGAUGUACGUCAAGGUGCAGCUUGUUGAGACCUCGGCUGCGGAACGGGCUGGGGUGGAGUCGAUUCAGAUCGAGUUACUUGAGGAAGAAGAGAAGUCUAAGUCUACGGCUAUGGCUGGAGCGGGAGCAGGCGAUUCGAAGGGGGAGAAACAUGGGGAUGAUCCGGCACGACGGGUUGCGAAGGAGUUGCGGGACUUGGAGGAUAAGGGGAGGAAAGCGACGCGAGAUGCGAAGGAAUUAGCACUGGAACGAGGCGAUAAGACGGAUUUGCCUUCUGCUACGAAUCCGGUUACGGUCACGAUCCGGGAGAAGAAGGUGAUUAUGGCGGCGCAGGAGCCUUCGUUGGAUACGGAUGACGACGGUCACUUGAUUCUUGAUGGAUACAAGACGAAGUUUGACCCUAAGGCCGACGCCGAUGAGGACGAGAAGUGAUUACGGUUUAUAGGAUGCACUUAUCACCGUUGGCAUAGAGCAUACAUGAGGCGUUUAGGUUAGCACCAUCGAUACCCAUACAAAGCAGGACGA